UGUUAGUAUUCUGUUCAACCCUCUGUGACUAUGCAGGACAAACUAAUGCUCUGAAAAUUAGUCAUACUUGAUUAUACCUAUGUAACACUAAAAAGUGAUUAAUUUACAAAUAUUGUUGUUUAAUUUUAGUUGAAUUCUAAUUGAUUGAUUUUAUUAUAAAAAAUUUUGAAUACCCAAAUUAUUUUUUAAAGGGGUGUCUGGUGGAAUAGUAAAUGCAAUGUUACAUUACUAUUCAUCGAUAGUUAUUAUUUUAUUUAAUCAAAGUUUCAUUCAUAAUUUAAAAUUUUUUCCUCGAAAUAAUUAAACAUAAGUAUGAUAAACGUAUCGUCACCGGUAAAUACCCAAAAAUUUAAUCGUAUCAAACGAAAAGGUGUUGCAUUUUUGUCAAGUCUCUUUAAACCAAAACGUUUGAUCACUGGAAUGAAUUCAAAUGAAGAGGAAAUGGAAAAAACAGCACGAGUGGAAACUCUUGCGGUCGUUUCAAAUAGAAUUCCAUCAAGCUUGAGUGUGACUGCUGUUGACGUGAUAUUAUCUCCUUCAGUCAGUCAAUCAUCACCAUCGCAUUCAAUUUUGACCUUAACUCCUGGUCGAACGCGCAACAUUGAUCAGGAUAUGGAAGCUUUACGAUUAAGUCGUCAGGACAAUCCUUUUCUUCAGAUUUUGGCAAGUCGAGAGAGUCUGAUCGAAUCAGCAGAAGAGUCAGAAUCAGACGAUGCAAUUUUGAUGUCUCAGGAAUUGGGGGAUGCUGAUCCCUUAACGCUGGCUCAGGUACAUGAACAUCUAGUUCGUAGUCCACCACCAGCUUCUUGGCCUCAUUCCCCGGCAUUUCCAUUUAAUUCAAUCCCCAUGAACUCCGAUAAUUCAUGUGCAACGGCAACUCGUUAUAAAAGCACCACCAGUCCCUCAAAGGCUAGUUAUUGUAAAAGAAGUCAUGUGGCAGAUCCUAAUGCAUUGUCGGUGAGCGAACCGUCGAAUGAUAAUAGAGAUCGUCAUUCGCAUACGUUUUCUUUGUUAAAUCCUACACCAAUUAGAACACUAACUGAGGUUCGACGACUUCACAGAUCAGCAGAUGACAAUGUUCAAUUAAUGUCAUCUGAAUAGCUGAUUAUUUUUCAAUAAAAAUAGAUUAAAUUGUUGGAUAAAUUAAUUGUCUUUGCAUUUAAGCACAAAUUAUAUGUAUAAGAAACAUAAAAAAGAGUUAUAAAGUGCAAUGAUUAAUUGAUAACAUAAUUAAACAGUGAAGUCCAGUACGUUUAACGCAAGUCUUUAGAUAUGGCUAUACACCUUGUAUUGCAUUUAUUAAAUUGAUUAAGCUAUUUAUUUUGAUGUUAACAAAAUGACUAUUAUUGUAUAUUGAUAGAUAAAAUUAACAGAAGUUUAUAGCCGCUAGUAUGUAUACAAAUUAAAUUAAGUUGGCCACUAGUGAAAGUAAUUAACAUAGGUAUAUUUUAUCGAUGAACAUUUUUUUACAUAACAAUAUGUAUAGAAAUGAUUUUUUCAACAAUUACUUUUGAAUCACAUACUGAUACAGCUCAACUGAUUUUCUAUAUUUGUUGAAAAAUCUGUUUUUUUAUAAUUACUAACUAAUAAAAUAUAAAUCGAUUAUAUAGGCCUAUUGAAUUAUAUUAUUCAUUUUUUUAUAGUUCAUAAUAAAAGUUGCACAUUCAUAAAUUUAUAUAAAAAAUUUUACUAUACUUUGUAAAUUAAUUCUACAAAGGUGAACAUUUCUAAUAGUUAAACUAAUUAAAUUGGCCUUUAAGAAUUGAGA